AUGCUGGAACGAAUUUGAAAAUGGCUUUUGCUCCCACUUUCCGAUUCGAGCCCUCCUCCAAUGAGCUCACCCUUCGCCCUUCUGCAGCCGCAGUGGCCCUGGCCACAAAAUUCCGCCAGCAGACCACUGCCAGUGUGCGGAGGACAAAGAGGCUUGACGUCCUUGAGGCGGAGGCGAGGGCUAGAGCCUGUCAGAAGGGGGACGACUCUGACCAAAUGGUGCUGGCUGAGACCGAGCUCCAGUUUGGCCAGUACUGCGGCCAAACCUUUCAGUGGCUGCUGGAAAACGAUGUGGGGUACGUCGUCUCCAUAUUGGCGGCCCACCAGAAGCAGAGAGAGGAAGGGAUGACCAUGAAAACGCCCCUCAUGUCAAACAAGGACGCUCUUGCCUCCUACGCAAGGCUUUUCCCACCCAUGGUGACAGCCAUUGCCAGGCGUAGAUUGUGCGAGAGCUCCAAGCAGAGUACAAGUGAGGUGGGUGACACGCUGUUGGGGUUUGGUGUGCAUGCGCACCGCUCGUACAAGUCCUUGUACAGCGCGAGGGACCGGGAGAGUCGAACCUUUGUGGAUUGGUUACGCAAGCACAAAAAGAUAGGAGCUGGGUCCAUGAUGGAUGCCUUCCAGAAGUAUGUGCUGGCCCGGGACAAACAAUCAGAGCCAGCACACGGACUCCCACAGCCAGGCACCUCCUCCUCCGACCCAUCUGAUGCUGAGUUGCUUGCCGCUGCCGCCGAGGUCGACUCUCCCAGCACGUCCAGGGACACCCCAACAGCUGUGGUCCCCUCUUCCUCUCUCUCCUCCUCCGAGCAGCCACUGGAAGGGCCAGGGCCAGGACUGAUGGCUCCUCAGAAACCUGCCUCCGGCAAAGAGCUGCUUCCCGUCAGCUGGAGGCAGACGCUGCCAGAAGAGCAGCAGGAGUGGGUGGGCCGGGCGCUGUUCCAGAGGGAACCCAGCAGCAGGAAGGUGGUCCUCACCUCGCCGCUCAAACUGUGGUGGCACCCACCUGGCGCCCAGCCCCUCUACACACAGCCCCCCGCCAAUGCUCACGCCUUUUUCCAGCGCCCCUUUUUUCUGUGGAUGCCCUAUCGGAUGUGGGCAUAUCGUCUGAAGUGCCCUGCCGAUGGGCGGAAACUGAUGGGCGCUGGAUUAUACAAGACUGUCCGGAGGGUCUUGGACAGGAGUGGGUGGUACUUUAUGGCCACAGAGUGCCUUGAGUGCCCCGCCUGUCAUAAGAAGAUUGUGAGCUGGUCACGGGACAUCUUAGACCAGCUGGACGUCGCGCACCGCGAGCAAUUCCCAGCUGUUCUCACGUACAAGUUGUCCUGUGACAAGGCGGUGAUCGGGCUGUUGAAGCAGCGCACCCUGGGCAACAGUGUGGCUCGCCUCCGUGCCUCCCUGGUGGAGCAGCACUCCAGGGAGUGGAUGGUGCGGUCGAUCCAGUACCUCUCCGUGCUUGACAAGCUGAGGGCACCUGGAGCGGAACCAAAGGAGGUGUCGAUCCCAGACCUGGUGAAGGUGCCCGGACUCGCCUGGUUCAGCUUUGUGUACGUUCUGGAUGCCAUGACCAGGCUGGACGACACCAAGGCCAGGGUGACGUCCAUUUUUGGUGACAUUCUUAAGAUGGACUCCACCAAGAAGAUCACCAAAAAGCUUGCAGGCGCUGCCGCUGACUCGGCCGCCUGGAUGACCAACGUUGGCAACGAGUACGGGCAGGUACUCGUGUCCGUCCUCACGGCAGCCGAGGGGGACGGACUGGCCAACAUGGCGGCCGGCCUGAUGCGGCGGUAUCAAGAAGCCGGAAAGGCCCCUCCCAAGGUCAUGUACGUGGACCAGGACUGCUGUGCCACCGUGGGUACGUCAUCAGUACACCACAUGUUCCACGAGUGGCACGAGCUGGUGGUCAGGCUCGACGUGGGGCAACUCAUGCGACGCUUCGCGAGGGGUGUUACCACAGACAGCCACCAGCUCUACGGCCUCUUCAUGUCGAGGCUGUCCUUUGCCAUUUUGGAGUGGGACGCCGGAGACGUCGCCCGCCUGAGAAAGGCCAAACAGUGCGUGGAGGGGGAGGACACCCACAUCAAGCUGUCCGCCAUGGAGCUCGUUCGGCAUUGUCGACGCCGUACAAGGGGUACAGUGGAGACAGAGCGGCUCCUCCGGGAGGUGCUGGACGCCUUCUGGGACAUGACGGACACCAUGGGCGUCCCUUUGAUCGACCGCGCCUGCAUGGAGGAGAUCUGGAGCGCACAGCGCCGUCACCUCGACUGCAUCCAGGACCCGGAGGGGGUGGAGCUGUACACCAAGACAGGUGAGCUCACCAAGGGCGGUGUUAGGCUCCCCGCCUACCGGUGCGCACGUGGCUCCACUUCCCUCGAGUCCUUCAACCUGCACCAGUGCCGCUUCAUUCCAGGUACAUCUGCGAGUGACGUACACUUCCAGGUGCACCUGCUGGAGGGCCUGGUGCGGUGGAAUGAAGACCGUGGACGAGCGGCAGUCGAGGGAGGUCAAGGAGCGGCGCUGCGGUGCUACAGUGCCCAGCUGCAGCACGCGUUCAACCAGCUGGCACAGGAGGUCAAGGGGCUCAAGCCGGUUGACGACUACACCCAGCCCAGGGCGUACACAGGGGAACUCUUGGGGGUGGAGUAUUUGUACUCCCAGUCGGGCGCUGUGCUGCAGCAGUGUCCCAACGCUCCGGAAGGGACCGACGAGGCCGAGGACGACGACGACGACGACGGCACGCUGACCGAUGAGGAGCCAGAAGAGAUCCGUCUCCUGGUCCAUCAUGACACUCUCCUCCAGGAGCCCCACAGUGUGCCUGUGCCUGAGGCCUCGUCAUCCCAGUUGGGACCUCCCCCACCCCCCCUACCCCCCGAGGACAACAGGAUGGAGGUGCAGCAGGCUGAGGAGGAUGAAGACGUCAUUGGGCCAGACGGUCACCCCGGUUACCAACACGUGGUGGCCCUGGCCCACAGCCUCGUGGAGCUGCGUCAACAUGCCUUCGUUACCGCUCGUCAGUCCAGGGAGGUUGUCACUCUCUGGGAGAAGCUGACUGAGAGGGACAAGGCACCAGUGACUCUCCCCCGCCGCUGCCACCAGGACAGGCUGGUCCAAGGCCGCUUCAAGACCAGCAACCGGCACGCUCACGCACCAGGAGUGGAGAGUGUGAAGUGUGUCACCCUGAGUCAGGGCACAGGAGCGGCACAGUCUCCUAAAGCCAGCAGGCUUGUUGAAGCCAUCAUGCUGGAGCUGUGCCGCAUUCACACCCGUGACACCAGGACGCUCACCGGGGUCCACAACAACCGCUGGGCUGGCGUCAUGAGGGACUACAAGCACAUCCAGGACAACGUGGUCAACUGUCCUGCCCUCAUGGCGUGCACCCGGGUCCAGCUGUAUGAUGUCAAUCAGCAGACCCUGUCGAUGUGGCACAAUCAGAGGAGCAAGGCGAUGACGAGGGACACCAUCACCAUCGCAGUUCCGGGGUCCAGCGCUCCCCAGACCACAGCGGAGCCCCUGCCUGCCCCACGGACUCUGCUGCAGGACCCCCAACAGCCAGACCAGCCCCUUGCGCACCACCUGCCCGCAGAUGCCUCGGGCCUGGCUGUCACUAUCAGAGGGCCGCUGGCCCCGGAACUGUUUGACCUCAUCGUCGACCACCAGAGUGCCACCACCUCCUCAGUGUCAGCCCCACCAGUGGAACCAGCUUCUACAAAAGCCACUGCUCCAACCGUCACUCCAGUCACCAUCGCUGGAGCCAUUCCCCGAUCUACUGCCUGGAGGCGCCGGGUCGACGCUGAGAUGGAGCGUCGUGCCCAGGAGCUACGGAACUUCGCAAAGCCCUACAGGAAGGUUCCCCAAUUUAUGUGCAGGCGCUGUGGCCAGCCAAAGACAAAGCAGUAUGGCCACAGCCGCUACAAACGGGGGACCUUCUGUGCCCAGGCUGACGGGGGACUGUGGAGCAGUGGCUGUCGGCAAUGA